UUUUUCAAACAUGUACUUAUUGUUUUUCAGUAUUGAGUAUAUACAAAGACCAUUGUAUAUUAAACCAACAAUGGAACAAAAAUAUAUUACAGUCUGUGUAUUGUUCGUUCUCUUUGUUACACCUGUUCAAGGCGAUGAUGAAUCAACAGACAAUGAAGAAUGGACUUCAGAUGAUAUUUGGUGUAUAACAAAGAAAUAUGGAGGAGCUGCAAUAUUGGGAGCGGGUACAGUAGCCUUGGCACCCGUUGCACUUGGGGCAGCUGGCUUUACCGGGGCUGGUAUAGCGGCAGGAUCAUUAGCAGCAAAAGCAAUGGCAGCCAAAGCUGUUGCCAAUGGAGGAGGUGUAGUUGCCGGAGGAGUUGUUGCCACCCUUUAAUCUGCUGGAGUGGUUGGGUUAGGCGUUGGUGCAAAAGCUGCCAUCGGCGCAAUAGUUGGCGGAAUAUACAGCUAUUUUGUUGGAGGGUGCUCAGUAGAAGACAUUGAUUGUAAAUUAUGAUGUCCACUGUUCUGAAUAUGUUUUAAUUGAAUCAAUGCUUUGAUAAACUCUUACUUUUCAAGUACUGAAGCACUUAUUUAAAACGAGAAAUACUUAACACCAGAAAAUGUAAUUAAAUAUUUCAGAGAU